AUGGGACUUCCAAUGUAUGUUUCACCGUCUCUUCCGAAGAGACAACUGCCGAAACAACCGCAAUCACCGUACGAAGACACCGACUAUUCUGGAGAUUUAUACCAAAACUCCAGAACAAGUGCAUUCGGUAAUCGUCGUUAUUUUAUUCGUCGACCAUAUAGAAGUGGUGAAUAUGCUAGCACUGGGGGUGGAGUUAAUAGGGAUGGCUCUUACCAUUCUUCGGAAAUAAAUUUGACUGACCGAGAACAAAUUUCAGAGUUUUCAGAUUGGCUUCAACCGAGGACUUCCAGUUCCCAGUUACCAAUUCAAAAUGAACAACUGCGACCGCAAAGGAUCAGAAGAUCUUCUUCAUUACCAUAUAACAACCUAGUUCAACAUAUUCAAAGAUUAGGUAACAUUCCUCACCUACACCGUACUAGAGAACAACAAAUUGCAUCCUCAGGUUUGGCUACCAGGCGUGGAAUGCAAUUGCAGUCCGCACAAUUAUUACAUAUAGCGCAACUGCAAGCACAACAGAAUUCUUCAAAUACUUCAACAUCCAAUAGUGAAAUAAGACAAAGCGAUUCACCUGAAGGGACAAAUAAUUCAACUCCUAACAAUUUGUCCAUCGCAAAUUCUCACUCCACAGAGUUGUCAUCCGAUAAUACAUCAAGUGUCAAUAGUAGCGUCACAAAUCCAAGUCAAUCACAAAGUAAUGUAGCUUUAGACAAUGUCUUUAGGCGUGUAAAUAUACUUCGCCAAUUCACCCAAGAUAAUCGUGCCAUGAGAGAAGAACUCAUUCAACGUGGGAUAGACAUACCUCCAUUGAUUCGUGUUACCGGUCCUUAUAUACCAUCGGCCUUUUCCGAAAUCCCGGAAUCAUUACCGCCAUUACCAAGGCGUUUAAGGCACAAUGUCCGAAGGGGGAAUGUCAUCACCUCAUAUGAUUCUAGAUCUAAUUUUGGUGAAGAUGCUAAUGAUAAUUAUGACAAUUACUUUAAUCCGUUGCUUUAUGAUGAUCAUGAAGGUUCUGCAGAACGUGGUCACACCUCUCGCAUAUUAUCACCAAUACCUAGGAGAUAUGACCCAAGGUAUACGGCACCUUUUGCGGUUGUAUCUCCCAAUGGGAUGUUGGUUGAGAACAGGGAAAGAAUUGAUGUAGAUAGUGGGACGAAUAGCAACGAUAUUUCCCGAAGGGAGAUUCAAGAAGGAUCGACUUCAGGAGAAGUUUGUUAA